AUGGAUCAGAUACUUGUGAAGGAGGUGAUGGACUUCAAAAUCCAGAGUCAGUUCCCUAAGAUAUAUGCCUGUGAACUCACACUGGACCCAAAAACAGCACACAGAAACCUGUCCCUGUCCGAAGACAACAGGAAGGUGACAGUGGUGAAAGAGAGGCGUUUAUGUUCUGGUCAGCCAGAGAGGUUUGAGUACUGGAAACAGCUGCUGUGUGGAAACAGUCUGACUGGGCGCUGUUACUGGGAGGUGCAGAGGCAGGGAGGAGUUCACAUAGGAGCGGCGUACAGCGGAAUCAGAAGGAAAACAGAGGACGCCGAGGGCGCUCUCGGAAGCAAUGACAAGUCCUGGAGUCUGUACUGCUCUGAUGAGAGCUUCACUGCCUGGCACAAGAAGACAACAACAGACAUACGUGUCCCUCCCUUCUUUGACACCAGCCGAGUGGCAGUCUAUCUGGACUGGCCUGCUGGCACGCUGUCCUUCUACACUGUCACCCCUGACACACUGAUCCACCUCCACACCUUCCGCUCCAAAUUCACUGAGCCUCUCUACCCUGCGUUUGGGUUCGGCUUGGCGGCGGGCUACUCGGUGUCUCUGUGUCAGCUGGAGGAGUGAGAGUCAUGUCGUUUGCUGGGAGAAACACUCACCAUGCAGCUCAAAGACGGCUGCUGGAAUGCCUUUGUAGGUUUUCAGCUUUUCUUUUUGUCACAGUAAUAGAGGUGUUCAUUCACU